GAAGAAGAAGAUGGAGAUGAGGAGAUGGGCAUCGAUGAGUUGGAGAACAGAAUUUGGAUGGACAAGUUACUACUUCGAAAACUUAAGCAAAAAGAGAGUAAGAAACUUGGAACAGAUGAGGAUGUCAAGAGUCAAGAACAAUCACGCCGAAAGAAGAUGUCAAGAGCUCAGGAUGCAAUUCUCAAAUACAUGAUAAAGACGAUGGAUGUAUGCAACGCGCAAGGCUUUGUGUAUGGAAUCAUACCCCAGAAAGGGAAACCAGUAACUGGUUCAUCAGAUAAUUUGAGUUCAUGGUGGAAAGAGAAAGUUAAGUUUGAUAAGACUGCUCCAGCAGCCAUUGCCAAACUACUAGCCCCAGUUUCAGCAGAACUAGAUGGUGAAAAUGAGGCAUUGUUAAUUUCUUAUAUGCAUCAUCUUCAUCACUUGCAAGAUACCACUUUGGGUUCUCUUUUAUCAGCUUUGAUGCAACAUUGUGUACCCCCACAAAGGAAAUUUCCACUGGAAAAGGGCAUAUGUCCUCCUUGGUGGCCUACCGGGGAAGAAUCAUGGUGGGGAGUACAAGGAGGCUUGUCUAAAGAAGAAGGUCCACCGCCGUAUAGGAAACCGCAUGAUCUGAAAAAAGCUUGGAAAGUAAGUACCCUAACUGCUGUUAUCAAACAUAUGUCGCCUGAUUUUAAGAAUGUUAGAAGGCUUGUUAACAAAUCUAAGUUUCUCCAAGAUAAGAUGACUGCAAAAGAGACUGAAACUUGGUCCAAUAUUGUGACUCAAGAAGAAGUUCUAUCAAAUCAUUUCAAUACUUCUCUUAAGAUUUCAUGCUCUACAAGUAUGAAAGAAAAGGAAGAGGAAGAUGAGUUCUGCAACAUUCUUGUAACUAUCACUGAUGAAGAGGAGGAAAAGGCUUGUUGUAUGAACAACAGAGAGAAGAGAAAGUCAGAAAUCGAUGAACAACCAGAGGUUGAUCUUAUUUACACUUGCCAGAACAUGGAAUGUCCACAGAAUGAUAUGGAGUUCGGGUUUGCUCACAAGAACACCAGGACUGAUCAUGAAUCUGUCUGCGUUUACCGGGAUUGGAAUAAAUUGAGUACUUUAGCAUUAACAUAUGGUCCUGGAAGUGAUGAAAGGCAUGGAGAUCAGAUGUUGUACAAAACUUGCGCAACACCUACCAGUGAACUUCAGGAAGCACUUGCUGAUAUAGCAGGCAAUAAUGGAAGCCUAGGAGGCCAGCGUGGUAAAGUUGAAGAUCAUCAUGAUAUGGAAGUAGCAUUUGAGCGGCAAAGAGAAGAAAUGACCCCAAAUUAUGGUACAGAUACAGAAGAGCCACCGUCACCGAAACAAGAAGAAACUUCUAUCUGGGAUAUGAAAUUUGUGUGGGAUUUAGAGUAA